AUGGCUGUAGGCGAGAGUGUUGACCAUUGCCAAAAGCCCGAUUGUGGCUGGCUAGCUUUGCGCAAUCUUACAAUACUCAAAGACGUCCCGCAUUUGAACCCCAACCCCGAGCUGUCUGGCAUUGGUGUCACUCUCGGGUUCUCGAUAACCGCCUAUCUCUCCCUCGUCCUCCUAGUCCUGCAUUACAUCACCGUCUACGAUUUCCACCAAAAAGGUCCACACGGGAGGCAAUAUGUCAACGUGGUAGAUUGCGGCAUCUUAACGUACCUCCGGGAGCAUACGCGGUCGUGGAAACCCAGCAAACGAUUCGAAUAUGCACUCGAGAAAGCCGUGUUGAUCAUCAGCGACACAACUCUAGUAACAGGCUUAUCGUUUCUAAUAGCCGGUUAUUCACAGCUGAAUUGUGGACUGUCAGCAUACCAUUGGCAGAUGAUGGUUUAUGUUGCCUGGUUCGCGUCCUUCAGCUUUCUGGCUGCCAUGACAUUUCUGCAGGAUUAUUUCCAGGCGAAUCGGACGCUACGCGCUGUUCGAAUUAUCCUCAUGCUGGUCAUGGCCUGCAUGCUAAUUGUAGCACUCCUACCGACUGGAAGUCACAAUUGGCUGAACCUGUAUCCGGGAGGAGGGGGCUUUUAUCCAAGCCUGCCUGCCAAAUGUUUCUAUUUGCAAAUGGGGACGGAUCGGUUCAAUCCUAACGGCGGUCCAAAGAUAUGGUCCAUGGUGGUUUCGGUCUUGGUAGUAGGUUUGUCCUACCUGCAUACCAUCAUUAGACAGUUUGAUCCCACAGCCCAAUGCACUCGAAAGUGCUUCCGGUCCUGGCCAGGUUCCAUUGUAAAGCGCCUUCUCCAUGAACUUGAACGGCAUGCCUCACGCAAAGGUUUACGAUCCGCCGGCGCUAUACUGCCCUAUCUUCUGGUCUUUGCCUGCUUUGCAACCAUGCGCGCACUCUUCGACAUACUGGAAUCGAUGCUGCUGGAGAUUAUUUGGCUGGCGUUUGCUAUGUCAUGGGGUACCAUCAAGCUAUGGGCAACCCGCGCGUCUGUCAGUAAUGAUGUUGAUGGACACGACGUCGGAGCGAACCCCGAGGUUCUUGAAGAAGAUUACUGGACCUUUGGACAGACGCUGCCGCUGAUUCUAUUACUACUGCCCAUUCUAUCGAUGAUUCAGGCUUAUUACGACAAUGACGCAAAAGCAGUAGAAGAGGCCCACCGAAGACGAAUGGUGGGUGAGAAAGCUAGAGAAGAAAACACCUCGAACCACCAGGAGGGGACCACAACUCCAGGGCCGCCGGGCGGUAUGUCAUCGUCUACUGUUUCUGCUCAGCUGGCCGGAUCACCGGAAGCGGCACCAGUAGCACCCCCGUCGCCAUCCCGUCGCAGCACUGCCAUGAAUAUGCCGCAAGGCGGACAAUCGAAACGCAUCCGCCUACCACAAUAUCCAUAUGGUUCAUUCCCUUCCUAUGCUUGGUACGAGGACCUUAUAUUGCUUCUCAUCUUGCAGAUACUGCUGGUGGCUGCUUUUGCAUUAUACUUCUUGACUCUGCUGCAAAACUUCCUCGGAAUCUCCCAGCUUCUUCGUAGCCGAUUGUUUCUAAUAUGGAUUUUCGGUAUGAUCCCGCUGGGGUCGCUGAUCCAUCUCUCCGUAUGGUAUAUGGCCGCGUGGCUUGCAAGUGUUGCGGGAAUCGACUCAUGGUUACUGUCCAAGGACAGGGUUGUCGAUGGUGGACUUAAAGAACUGGACACCGGGCACCGGCGUCUACUAUUCCUAAAGCCAGGCACCAUGGCGCUCGCGACGAAGACUCAGUCGCAAAUCAUCUUUGCCAAAUUAAAGGCGAAGCCCGCGAACAAGAUAUGUUUCGAUUGCGGCGCAAAGAACCCGACGUGGUCGUCCGUUCCCUUUGGCAUUUAUCUGUGUCUCGACUGCUCGGCGAACCAUAGGAACCUGGGCGUGCACAUCUCUUUUGUGCGAUCCACGAACCUCGACAUCUGGCAAUGGGAUCAGCUUCGGAUCAUGAAGGUCGGCGGCAAUGAGAGCGCCACGAAGUACUUCCAAACACAUGGUGGCUCUGCGGCCCUGGCUAGCAAGGACCCGAAGACCAAGUACACGAGCAAUGCCGCAACCAAGUACAAAGAGGAGCUGGCAAGGCGCUGUGCAGCGGAUGCAAGGCAGUUCCCUAACGAAGUUGUAAUAACCGAUGUCCCAGAUGCCACAGGCUCGGACAGCAACACUCCCACCGGCGAGAAUGAAGAUGACUUCUUCUCGUCGUGGGACAAGCCCGCGAUCAAGCGUCCUUCAAACCCGCCUUCCCGAACAGGUACACCGCGCUCCGCAUCCCCCUUCCUGAAGCCCGAUGCGAACGGCAAUGGGACCGCACGGCCCAAGUCGCCGCUUGCUGCAGACUCCUCCAAGCCGGUGACGCCCGCCGCCAUCCCGGCCGCCAAACCUGCGAUUCGGAAAACCGCAACAGGCGCUGCUCCCAAGAAGAAUAUCCUAGGAGCGAAGAAGAAGGGUCUCGGCGCGAAAAAGGUGGUGGCAGGCGACGGUCUGGAUUUCGAGGAGGCCGAGCGCAAAGCCCGCGAAGAGGCUGAACGUAUCGAGAAGCUUGGAUAUGACCCCGACGCCGAAGCUGCCGAAGCAGCAACCGUAUCAAAAGCCGCGUCGUCCACCACCAGCGCCCCUGUCAUUUCACCUACGCCGGUUUCUCCGCCUCGAAGCGGCGGCUUCGGGUCUACUAAGCCAGAGCGAAGUAGCGCGGAAAUGGAGAGGUUGGGUAUGGGCAUCGGACGUCUUGGAUUUGGGCAGGUUGGUGCUGCGAAGAAGGCGGCGGCUCCUAAGAAGAUGGGUGGCUUCGGGAGCGUGAGCAAGUCCGCACAAGAGGACGAUAGCGAACGCUAUGCACGCGAGAAAUUUGGAUCGCAGAAGGGCAUCUCCAGUGAUGAGUUCUUCGGCCGGAAUGCCUACGACCCGCAAGCUUCGAAGGAGGCGAGGGAGAGGUUGCAGGGCUUCGAAGGCGCCUCGGCCAUCUCGUCCAAUGCCUAUUUCGGGCGCCCCGAGGACGAUGUCCCUGAAGACGAUUACGGCGACCUAGAGUCCGCCGCGAAGGACUUUGUACGUCGGUUCGGCAUCACGGCCGGUGACGACCUGGAAAACGUGACGCAGCUGCUCGGCGAAGGCGCGUCGAGGCUACAAGGCGCGAUACGGAAUUAUCUGAACUCGUAG